UACUGAUCAGUGGAUUACACUGCUGCCUGAUUCCUGAUGAUUUUGUAGGAGCUAGAGCCCAUGGUGAUAUUAUAAUUGGUGGUCUGUUUGCAGUACAUGGUAAAAUGGUCAACUCUGCUAAGGGAUAUCCCCAAAAGCCUGCUAUCCAGAACUGUGAAGGAUUUGAGAUGCAGGGGUUCUUACAAUUACUGGCCAUGGCUCAUGCUAUAGAUAUGGUAAACAAUUCAUCACUCAUACCUGGAAUAAAACUUGGAUAUGAAAUUUAUGAUACUUGUUCGGAAGCCACAUUGGCAGUAUCAGCAGCACUACGUUUCCUGUCUACAUACAACUCUUCUGUGGAACUGUUGACAUUCAAGUGCAAUUAUUCCGAUUAUACACCCAAGGUUAAAGCCGUCAUUGGAGAUAGUUAUUCAGAAGUUUCUAUUGCUGUUGCAAGGUUGCUUAACACUCAACUCAUCCCACAGAUUAGCCAUUCAUCAUCUGCUGAAAUACUGAGUGAUAAAUUUCGUUUUCCUGCCUUCAUGAGGACAAUACCAAAUGAUUCCUACCAAACUAGGGCCAUGGCAAAGCUCAUUCAUUUCUCUGGCUGGAAUUGGAUUGGAAUUAUAGUUAUGGAUGAUGACUAUGGGCGAUCAGCUCUAGAGAGCUUUAGCAUCCAGGCUGAUAAAAUCAAUGUCUGCAUUGCUUUCAAAGAAAUAAUCCCUGCUCACUUAUCUGACGGCACAGUACAAGUCCGCAUAGAAGAAACCAUCGAUAAAAUAUUAAGUGAAACUAGAGUAAAUGUCAUUGUGGCUUUUUUGAAACCUUCACUUUUAUUAAAACUUUUUAUAAAGGUCAUGGAGAAGAAAAUACAAAGGACAUGGAUAGCUAGUGACAGCUGGUCUAUAGCCAAAGGAGUCAGUAGCAUACCAAACAUUCAGAACAUUGGACAAGUCAUUGGAUUUACAUUUAAGAGUGGAGAUACUACAUCCUUUCAGGACUACAUCAAAAAUCUAAAUCAGCAAAAAUUUGAGAUGAAUCGUCUAUUGGACCAGUAUGCAGUACUUAUGUCUGAUUGUCCUACAGUGAAAUACAACGAUCUCUAUGGCUGUGUUACCAAUUAUUCCAAGGAAGCCAUGUUCAGGACACGCACAGUGAAAGCCAAGUCUCUCAGAGUUGAUUUUCUUUCAGCUACCAUACACCCAGGCUUUGUCUACAGUACUCAGCUGGCAGUGAUUGCUAUAGGACAUGCAAUUCAGAAGCUAUGUUUAUAUCGGAACUGCAAAAAUCCUAAUGCAUUUGCACCAUGGGAGCUUCUACAGUCACUGAAGACUGUAAACUUUACCUAUAUGGGAAGGACUGUUAAUUUUGAUUCCAGAGGAGAUGCAAAUUCUGGAUAUGAUGUAGUGAUCUGGAAAGUGGGUCCUGAUGGAAAGAUUAAUUUCACUAUAUUUGCUGAAUAUGAUAACGAAAACGACAUCUUCCUAUUCAACAGCCAGGAUAACAAGAAUGAGUUUAAACAUUUGAAGAAGAUCCAAUCUCGAUGUUCAGAUGAAUGUAAACCCGGGCAAAUGAAGAAAACAUCAGCAAGUCAACAUACAUGUUGUUAUGAAUGCGUAGCAUGUCCAGAAAAUCACUAUACCAGAGAAUCAGAUAUGGACUUUUGUAUCCAGUGUAAUAACAAGACUCACUGGUCUCCAGUCAACAGCUCUGUAUGUCUCUUGAAGAAAAUAGAAUUUCUUCGCUGGGAUGACGGUUUGGCCAUUAUCCUGCUUAUCAUUUCAUUUGUUGGAAUUUUUCUUAUUUUCACAAUAGCAUUCCUGUUUGCUAAGAACUUUAAUACACCAGUGGUAAAGGCAUCUGGAGGAAUUCUUUGUUAUGUCAUCCUCAUUUCUAUCCUUUUAAGUUUUGUCAGUGCAGUCUUCUUUAUUGGCGAACCAGUUGAUUUCAAGUGCAAAGUGAGGCAAACUAUGUUUGGUAUUAGUUUUACAGUAGUAGUGGCAUGUAUUUUACUUAAGUCAAUCAAAAUAUUGUUGGCUUUUACGUUUGAGCCAAGAGUUCACAGCAUUUUAAAAUUUCUAUAUAGACCAUUUACUCUAGUAUUUUUCUGCACUGGAAUUCAGAUGAUUAUUUGCACCACUUGGCUGGUAUUUUGGUCUCCCUAUAUCAAAGAGAAUUUUUCUCUUCCAAGAACAAUCAUAUUGGAAUGUGAUGAAGGCUCUACAGUGGCAUUUGGUAUAAUGCUAGGAUACGUUGCUGUCUUGGCUUUUGCAUGUUUUAUUUUUGCAUUUAGAGGCAGAAAACUGCCAGAAAACUACAAUGAAGCUAAAUUUAUUACAUUUGGUAUGUUGAUUUACUUCAUUGCAUGGAUAACCUUUAUUCCAAUAUAUGUUACUACAUUUGGUAUCUACUUACCAGCUGUGGAAAUGAUAGUAAUACUUAUAUCAAGCUAUGGAAUUUUGUCAUGUACAUUUUUACCAAAGUGUUACAUUAUCUUAUACAAACAGGACACCAAUACAAAGUCUGCUUUCCUCAAAAUGAUCUAUAAAUAUUCUUCCAAAAGUGCUAGCACUCUUACAGUAAGUCAGAUUCCUUCCAGUUCUCUGGCAUUACCUGAGCGGUAUGGUCCCAUACAAGAUGAAACAAAAAGACCAGGUAUAUCGUCUGUGAGUUGUAUAAGUAAUAGCUUUUCCUUUCAUGAGAUGCUUGUGAAAACAGACAUCCCUACUACAAGAAACAGAACCCUCACAAGGAAAAGGUUGUCUAGUAUUUGA